AUGCCAGUACCAGUUGGAGCAAAUAUGGGAGGGCCAUCGGCCUUUGACAAGUGGAAGAUGGGAGCUAUGAUGGGUAGUACUGUCGGAGUCAUCAUUGGGUUCAUAUUUGGUUCCGUGAACAUCAUGAGAUACGGCGCAGGACCCAACGGAGUUGGACGAACUCUUGGACAGUACAUGAUGGGAUCUGGAGCAACCUUUGGAUUCUUCAUGUCUAUUGGCAGUAUGAUCCGAACGGAUACCAUUUCCCAAGAAGCGGCCGAAGCUUUUGCUCGAUCGAAACGGAGGCCGCUCAUCAUGCCCCGACAGGCGUAUCGACCAGCCCGCGAAUAA